GCAACGAUACAAUUUGCAGCAGUAACUGCACCAUAGAACAGAAGGUAAUUAUCGGACAUUUUCAAUGUAAAUAAGCAUUCCUUUACACUUUUAGCAUAUCACGAAGAUAGUAACACAAGAUCAUGGCAACAGAGGUGCGUUCUUCUGUGAGGCAUCAGCCUACUGAUUGGUUCACAAACAGUUAUUCAAUAUCAACAAAUGCUGAACGACAGCGUGAAGCCUCACACCAGACCAGACAAGAGAGCAGAUAUCUUAGAAAUGAAACUGAUAAUCAGACCAAAUGGGAUCAGCAUUCAAAUAAUGUCAGAUUAUCUGACAGGGUUGAUGUAAUCCGUAAAUGGAAAGAAAUCCUUGAGAAGACACUAGCAGAUAUUGACAAAGAAAUUGCUGAUCUCUCUGAAGCAAAAGAGCUCACUGAGCAAGCCCUUGAAGCUAAAAACCUGCCAACAGAUGUUGCAAUUGAUUGUUUAACCCUCAGAGAGGGAAGACAAGAUAUCGACAUUGUUGAAGAUGAGGUAGAAAGUCAGCUUCAUAAGGAAGUCGAAGUGAUUGAUGGCAUCAAGAAAUUGCUGCAGCAGAGGAUCGGUGAAGGGUUUGAGCAGCUAUGCCUUCUACAAGAGGCUCGGCAACAGCUCCAGGCUGACCUCCAGGACAAAAAUAUUGCCCUCGGUAUAGAUGUAGAACAGUACAAUCUUACAGACAGGUCUCCAAACAUAAGCUACAAGCCUGACUCUCUAAGAGUCCCUAAAGGGAGUACAACACCACAGCAAUGGGAAGAUUUCAGUCGGUACAACAAAGAACGUGCAGAGGCCGAGAUGCAAGCUUCUACCCGUCUCCGUGAGGCCAUCCAUCACACACUCCAGCAGACAGACAACGAUCUUGAGGCUCAGAAAAUUGCUACAGAGUAUGCUUUCAGACGUAGAAUCCAUGAGUUUGAACGUGCUAGAGAUGAACUCGAGUGGCAGAAGAAAAAUACAGAGGAGGAGAUAGCCGAGUUGGAGAAUGACAUCCGGGGAAUUGAGGAGGCAAUACGUGCCAAGAUCAACCCAACAAAAUUAGCUCAGACCCGUCUUGAGAAUCGUACAUAUAGACCAAAUGUAGAGUUGUGUCGGGAUGCUCCACAAUAUGGUUUGACCGAUGAGGUCAAGCAGCUGGAAGCUACAAAACGUGCUCUGGAGGAAAAACUUAGACAAGCAAAACAUGCAUUGGAUGGUCUCUACAACAACCUGCACCGAAUCAAUGACGACUUGGCCCAGAAAAACAACAGCCUUGACCUUGAUAACAAAUGUAUGGAUGUUAGACAGAAGCUAAAUACCCGUCCACAAACCACCAUGGAAAGAAACCUUACAUUGACGGGAAUUGAGCGUGAAAGAUCAAAGAUUUUGGCAUAAUUAUUGAACUUACAUAAAAAAGAAAUUUUUAGUUUUUUCACAUUUGGAGCAUUUUUAAAUAAAUAAUUUGUAUUACAUA